AGUUUAAGAGUUGGGCAACGGGGCAGGCUUCUCUUAAGUCGGCUCUUUUAAACGUAUACAUGGUUAUUUGAAUUUUAUUUGUCUUGGAAUCCCUGUCGGGCUCCAAAGGCAACGGGUUCCCAGCUCCUCUAGAGCGCGACCCCAGCAGCCUUCCCCGUGUCGAAUCUGGCGCUCUGAACGUCCAGGCUUCGCGGCGGCCCGGAACCUGGAAGGGGCGGGGUGGGCAGCUCUGGAGUUUAAUUACGCGCCGGGGAAGUGCGGCCCUUUGGACUUUGGCGUCUGGAGGAAGGGUUAUUGUGGGCGGAAGCGUGUGUGGCGCAGGGCCGGGCUGGCCGGGCCCCGGUCGGAGGCAAGAGGGCGGCGCACGCUGGUCGGACCCGCGCCCUCGGCCCCGAGCCCUCGGGAGCUCGCGCAGCAUGGCGGCCCCCGGAGCGCGCGGCGCGAGCCUCUCGGGCCUGCUGCCCGCGCAGACCUCGCUCGAGUACGCCCUGCUGGACGCCGUCACCCAGCAGGAGAAGGAUGACUUGGUCUACCAGUAUCUGCAGAAGGUGGACGGCUGGGAGCAGGACCUAGCGGUGCCCGAGUUUCCGGAAGGCUUAGAAUGGCUGAACACGGAGGAGCCUCUUUCCAUUUACAAGGACCUGUGUGGAAAAGUGGUUGUCCUUGACUUCUUCACCUACUGCUGCAUUAACUGUAUUCAUGUGCUGCCUGAUCUCCACGCCCUGGAGCGCAGAUUCUCUGAUAAAGAUGGCCUUCUGAUUGUUGGUGUUCACUCGGCUAAGUUUCCCAAUGAGAAGGUCCUGGACAACAUCAAGAGUGCUGUCCUCCGAUACAACAUCACCCACCCUGUGGUUAACGACGCAGAUGCCAGCCUUUGGCAGGAGCUUGAAGUCUCCUGCUGGCCAACACUGGUCAUACUGGGACCCCGUGGAAACCUGCUGUUUUCUUUGGUUGGAGAGGGACACAAAGAUAACCUAUUUUCAUAUACAUCUAUCGCUUUAAAGUAUUACAAAGACAGGGGACAGAUCAGAGAUGGAAAAAUCGGAAUAAAACUCUUCAAAGAGUCUCUGCCGCCUUCACCGUUGCUGUUCCCUGGCAAAGUAGCAGUGGACCAUGCUACUGGUCGACUCGUGGUAGCAGACACGGGGCACCACAGGGUCUUGGUCAUCCAGAAGAAUGGGCACAUUCAGUGCAGCAUUGGAGGACCUAACCCUGGAAGGAAAGAUGGGAUGUUUUCAGAGUCGUCUUUUAACUCUCCACAGGGUGUAGCUAUAGCCGAUAAUGUCAUCUAUGUGGCCGACACUGAGAACCACCUUAUAAGAAAGAUAGACCUCGAAGCUGAGAAGGUGACCACUAUAGCUGGUGUCGGUGUUCAAGGAACAGAUACGGAAGGGGGCGAGGAGGGAGACAAGCAGCCCAUCAGCUCCCCAUGGGAUGUUGUGCUUGGGACCUCAGGUUCAGAGGUCCAAAGAAAUGACAUCCUGUGGAUAGCCAUGGCAGGGACUCAUCAGAUAUGGGCACUCCUCCUAGACUCUGGCACACUGCCAAAGAAAAGUGACCUAAAAAAAGGAACCUGCAUUCNUUUUGCUGGAAGUGGAAAUGAAGAAAACCGAAACAAUGCAUAUCCUCACAAGGCAGGCUUUGCCCAGCCAUCAGGCCUCACUCUCGCCUCAGAAGAGCCCUGGAGCUGCCUCUUUGUGGCCGACAGCGAGAGCAGCACCGUGCGGACCAUCUCGCUGAGAGACGGAGCUGUGAAGCACCUUGUAGGCGGAGAGCGAGACCCCAUGAAUUUAUUUGCUUUUGGUGAUGUUGAUGGAGCAGGCAUCAAUGCGAAGCUUCAACAUCCGCUUGGGGUUGCAUGGGACGAGGAGAGGCAAGUGCUCUAUGUGGCCGACUCCUACAAUCACAAGAUUAAAGUUGUGGAUCCAAAAACAAAAGGCUGUACAACGUUAGCAGGGACUGGGGACGCCAGUGAUGCCAGUUCCAGUUUUGCGGAGUCAGCCUUUAAUGAGCCCGGAGGCUUGUGUAUUGGUGAGAGUGGUCGGCUGUUAUAUGUAGCAGACACUAAUAAUCACCAAAUUAAAGUGAUGGAUUUAGAAGCAAGAACAGUUUCUGUGCUCCCAGUCUGCAAGUCUGACAGUGCGGUGGUAGACGGCUCCUUCCCUAGAGAAGAACAGAAGACAGUGCCCAAGGUGCCCAAGGCUGCCCCACACAUUGGCCUCCCCCCUGUGAUGGUGCGUCCAGGCCAGGCUCUGCAGCUCAGGCUCAAGCUCCAGCUCCCGCCAGGAGCGAAGCUGACAGAAGGCGCACCCAGCUGCUGGUUCCUUAAAGCUGAAGGCAAUGAAUGGCUUCUUAAAGAACAGAUCCCAUCUGGAAACAUAGAGAAUAUUUCCAAUCAACCGGCAAUUUCCCUGCAGAUUCCUAUGGAUUGCUUGUCACUGGAAGCUGUGGUGUCUGUCAUCGUGUUUCUUUAUUACUGCAGUGCAGACAGCAGCGCAUGUAUGAUGAAGGGAGUUGUGUUCCGGCAGCCUUUGCAGAUAACCAGCACCCAGCCAGCUUGUACAGCUCCUGUAGAGCUCACAUACGCAUUUUAGAAGGCUGGCCAGCAGCCCUCGACACAGGCCCCGUCCAUCCUGCCACUUGUCACUUAGGGAAAAAGCAUCAUAGUAACCCAUUGCUCAGUUGUAACAACUGAUACCAAAAUAAAGCUGUGCUCCUUAUUAAUAUUUUAAUUCCAAACAAAUUUCUUCAUUUUAGCUGUGUGCUAGCCAAGUCAUUGACCAUCAUUUAACCACUGCACUGUCAGCUUUGCUGUUAUUUGUUUUAAAAGCGACAGUCCAUGCUGUAUCAGAGAAUAUUAUAUUUGUAGUCAAAACUAAUCAUGCCAGAUAGUUUAAAUAACCUCUUCUGCCUUUAUCAGUAGUAGUUAGCCAUUUCAUGUGUAAAUUUCCAGUAACUUGAGAUGGGCCUAAGCUGUGCACCUUUGUGUCAGGAUACCUGCCAUUUAAUGUCUAAGGUCUGCUUAAAGCCAGAACACAAAGUAUCCAUUUGGCAGAGACUUAGCGCGUGUGUGUGAGUAGUUUCUUAUCUCCUGUGACUUUUCUCACUUGCGGUAUUUUUAAAAGAGAGUUUUAAUCUAUUUUUAUUAUAAAUUAUUUGUUUUAACAUUCUAUUAUAUUAUAAUGCCUUAUAUCUUUAUAUAAAAAAGAAAAAAUAUAGAAUUUCUAAAGGCAUGCAGACCUACCUUUAACUGUGUUUAAUGAGCAUAUCUCUAGCAGGCAAUGCCUGGCUCCCCAGCGGCACACUGACCUGAGGUGCGGGUGGAGACUGCUGUGUUGUUGUGUGUGAUGGGUUAUUGUAGUAGCUGGGCUGGAUGUAAUGGGCAUCAUGCUAUUUUGAAUUUUACAUGUCAGUUUUAAGAGUUAAGUAACAGAAUUGUGGGGUUUGAGAUUUUUGUUACUGUUUUGGUUCCCAUAUUUAGAAUUUAAAUUAUGAUCAUUAAUUCUGAUAUUUUGAAAAAUCACAUGUAAACCUUCAAUUUGAUAUUUUAAGGGUAAAAUAUUUUAAUGCAAUUGAUAGUUAUACUAAUACACUUUCAUUUAAAAUAUUAGGCCUGAAUAUACACAGUGAAUCACACAGUGAUUUACUGAUACUGUUUGGUGUUUGUUUUCUUUAACCCCAUAAGAAACGGCACUGGAAGGGAUACUGGAGAGGUUUGGUUUUCAUUGUUAGCUUUAAUUAUCAUAGAUUAUCAUGAUAACUAUUUAAGAGCCUUGUUUUUCUAAAGCUGAGUGGACAUGUGUUUUACUAAGACUACAAGGUUUCAGAAGCAUUAUUUGUUCCCCAUUUAUAAAUUUAAUACGCAUUUAAGCAUAGUCUACCUAUUUAUUAAUUGAUUUUUGAAGUAGUUUUUGAUAGGUAACAUUUGCUUGUUUUAUUGUUCAGUUAGCUAAAAAAAAAAUCUGAAGUAAAAACUUGAUGACUUCAAUUAUUAACUUAGAAAAGCUAUUUCUCAGGAGCAAUGCAAACGGAGAAGGGAAGGGAUCUUGUUUAGAGUUACAUGUGGUUACCUCAGAAACCUGUGCGCCUAGAACCAGCCAAAGCAGAGGUUCUGCAGCUCCAGCCUGUGGCUGGUGGUCUGUGGAGGGCCGAAGAGUAUCUCAGCCCUGGUGGAUGUGUUGGACUCCUCAUUUCCAGGUGGACAGGAUGAGAAUAUUUUGGUUCAGUCAUUUCCUGUUUGAGGACAUAAACAGUUUCGCUCUAAAACAGGGUAUAUACAGUUUAACUUGUGUGGAAACUAUUUUUCACUCUGAAAAUACAAGCAUGUAUUCUGUAGUUUGAUGUACCUUAAAAAUCCCCAAAUACUCUUUAGACACCCCUGAUUUUUCCCUUUGCCUGGGUAGGCUCUUACUGGAGUCUUCAGUGGCUGAGAGAAAUGCCACCCUGCCUCUUUGCAUGGCUGGUCAUGUCAAGAUGUUAGUGAGGAUGGAUGUAGACAGUCCUCGGUGAGCAGAGCGCGCGCUUUCCUAGGCUUAGGACUGACACAGUGUCUGACGGGAGGAAACGUUAGUUAUUACACUUCUGGAGCUGCAGCGGCUUCUGUCUUCUCUGAGAGCUUUGUAGUUGUUGUGUGAACUGUCUGCCUUGGGGCUCAUACCACUAAGAUAAGUUAUUUGGGCCUAUUUUUUGCAGUGUGGGAAAUCUAGAGGACUUAAUGAAAAUGUGUAACUACAGUUUUUCCACAUAUGCAGAACUGACUGUUUUUAUCUAUCUAUCCAUUGAAAAGUCUUCAGCUUUUGCCUUUGCCUUUGACUUGGCGAUGUUUAAAACCAGUCACCAAAGGUCAGGGUUGUUAACUCAUUUGGAAGCUGUUUCUUUGGCAUGUGCAGAGGCCCUGGAUUCAAUCCUCAGGGGAAAAAUGAAAUCAUGAAAAGCUACAUUUUCUAGUGAACAGUAACAUAAAGCCACAUGCAGGGACUGUGUCACUGAAGCUCUUAAUGAGCAAGCCCGUGCUGUCUCACUGAAAUUCUACCUCUGAGAAUACUCAGUGGUCAGUACUUUAGAGAGUAAUCUAAUCUUCUCAAAGAUACUAAAAUAAUCUGAAUUGUAAGCACUAACUAAUAACUUUUCUAAAACCACUUCUAUUACCAAAGAUGGGGGUCCAUUUAGAGUCCUUUCAUUUACCAGUUUCCUUUAAAGUUGUAGUUGUUGAGGACAGGGAUAAUUACGGUGUUUUAUUGUUUAGCAUGGUAUAUAGGCAGGAGUAUGGACUCUAGCAGAGUCUCGCCCUGUAGAGCUGGGCUGCUGGACCAAGCCUGGGCUUGCUGCCAGGCUUCAGUGAAAUGCUCCCACGGCAUUUAGUGUGGAGUAAUUGAUGAACUGCUGCUUAUCAGUUUAGUUCUAAUAAUGACAGUAAUUUAUGGCCACAGACAUGGCGCUUGACUUUUUUUUUUUUUUACAACUCCAGUUUCUAAAGCAAAAUGUUUCUCCAUUUGACAUGUUAGCAGUCGCAGUGGAAUCUGGGCUCGAGAAGAAAAAGAACACUUUAUGGUAGAAUGUAUUACCAUUUCAUAAACAGUAUUGUUUAUAAAGAAGCACCUCUCUACUGUGUUGAAGUAUUUAAAGAGACCUUCUGGAGAUUUGAUGAGUAAGUUUUUUCCUAGAGGAUCCAGGCAAAGCUGGAGACAAACCCCACUCUUAACAACUUGUACAAGAAUCUUCCAGUCCUAACCUGUGUGCCCUGGGGCGGUGCGCUCCGCAGGCUUCAAAGUACUUGAGAGUAACAUUACAGACUAGGUGUGCAUGUUCCAGAAAAGGAUGCUGCUUUGGCAUGUUGGUAGCAUGUUGGUGGGGAAGCUCCUGGUAUAGUGUCCAGUGCCUAGAACAGGACCUAGUAUGUGGGUGCUGACUGACUCAGGUGUGGCUGUGAGCAGCAGAGCUUGACUGAGGCUCUCCUGCAGACUGGAAAGUGGGGACCUACACCCCCCCCCCCCCCGCCUUCAGACGAGGGCAGAAGGAGGCUUACAUUCAUUGAGUUCUUGCUACCUGCUGGGAGUUUCCCAAGUACUUUCUGUGUGCUGACCACACGCAAUUCUCACAGUAGCCUUAGGAUGGAGGACAGUCCCUCCUCCUUGAAGCCAGGGCUUGAGCAGUUGCAUCAGCAUCAGCACUAAGAGUGUGCGCUGAGGAAAUGGCAGAGCCUGGACAGCUGUCUGCCCCCUGCCUGCUCUAUCAUCUCUCAAACUUGCAAGGUCACAUGUUCCAUACCUUCAUGUAGUAACUUACCAACCCAGAGGGCUCCAGGGACCCUGGGGAUGAGUGUCUGUACAGUUCAUUUAAAUUCAUUAAAGCCAUUUAACUUACAUAACUUCCUAUAGAUUCUUCUCAUCUGGGCCUUGGAAUGGUAUAUAAAAUCAUUGGUUCCCAGAAGAUUUUCUGUGCCCCUAAUUUCAGUGACUAUCCAGUUUUUCUUGGCAGGAGUAUGUGUAGACAUCCCAGUUAGCUCAACAGGACUGUUCCAGCGCCAGUCCACCAUAAAGAGCAUUGCUGGUGCAGGCCUGGAAAAGUCUGCCCCUAUCUGACACCGUGUAUUUUGUGAACCAAGUGAGGUGUAGCGGAAUAAAGUCCUCUGCCUUCCUGCAGCCUUAAUGCUCCAUGGUGCAGGCUCCCUGGUGACUCAGGAGUUGUUCCAGAAAUCAGCGUGGCAGUGUGAGGCAAGAUGUCCUGCGUGUGCCAGUGGUGGUUUUUAGGGGCAUCCCAGUGCAGCAUCUGUCCAUUGUGAAGUAGCGUGGUAGUGAAGCAGUACUGUGGUUCAGUGAGCUGCAUGGGUCAGAAAUGACGGAGUGACAGCAGUCACAUACCUUGAGGCAGACCUCAGUGCUAAUCACCAAGAUUGCUUUUCCCACCCAUGUUUCAAAGCUGACAUGAAGAAUUAGCACUCACCUGAGUCACUGUUUUACCCUGGCUUAAUGAAAUUUGCUUUUCUCCAGUUUCUUUGCAAUAGGGUAAUAGACCGAAUGGUCAUAAAAGUUAGAGGCUUGGUAAUCAAGCCAUGUGGCAUUCUGUGGCUAAUCAACCUUGUCUCCUGGCUGUGCCAACUUGUGUAGGCCUGGUGCCUCAGCUCUUGGGUAGCCGCUACAAGCACACAGGCUGGGCCAGAAUAGGACACAGCCCUGCCUGCAGGCUUUGCUAGGAUAGCUUUUGCCAUAGCGUAGUGCUUUGGUUUAAUCAUUGUCAGAGGUUAGAGUUGAAAACUAAAACCCUAGAUGCUUGUGGAAUGUGCAGCUAGGUGUAGUUACUCAUUGUCUGGUGUGUCCUUUCCUCCCCUUGCACGUCACUCCUGUGUUCCUGUGGACACUGCUCUCGACAGCCUCCUGACCCAAGGAAAGUACUUUCCAAUACACUUCCACCUGUGCCUACCCUCAGCUGUGGGUUAGAAAUAAACACUGGACCUACAUACUAUAGUGUCUGGCCUGGCUCAGAUGUGCGUAUGAGCAGUAUUGCUGUUUUAAAGUGAAAUCUGAAGCUCUAACAACUCGUGGGUUGCUUAGUUUCAGAUUUCCACAUGAAAUAAAACAAAAGGGAGGUGAAGGUCCACCCUCUGAGAUACAGACAGUGUAAAGAGAAUUUUUAUUAUUCUGUACCUAGUUUCAUGAGAAAAUAUGUUGAGAUAAAUAAGAUCAAACAAUCAAAUUAUACCAAUGGGGAUGAAAGUGCAUACAUUACUAGUGUAGCCAUUGGGGUAUCUUCUGUUUUAAAGACUGCUUGUCUCUAUUGUUAGUUCCACCAGAAACACAAUUGUUGGCACAGAAUUAGAAUGUGUUGUCGGUGCUUACCUGUGAUGUCAUCAUUGCAAAUUACCCUCAAAAACUAAGCCAGAGCUCCCAACUCAGCCCGUGACCUCCGCCCUCAGAUACAGAAACAGCUGUAGUUCCUGUCGAGCCUUUGCUGAGGAGCUAGGCUUCCACAGGGACUCAAGUGGGGAACAAGUUGCAAUGAUUAUUUUUCUAAAAUUCCUAGUAAUUUCUCAGUUUUCUACAGCAGAGAACAGGACCCUGUGUGACUGACUUCAGAUUGAAGUAGGGCUUCCUCACUGUAUGUGAGCUGAUGGUAUAGCUUUAGGUCUCUCUGUAAGAGACACCGUUGCUGUCAUUACUUCACACCUUAAGGAAUCAAGACCUCCAUCUGUCACUCCUUCAGGUAUGCUUCAUGGAUGAUCACAUUAGAGACUGUUGCCAUCUUGUGUGGGUAAAUAAUGUAAUUUAAUUUGUGAGCCUAGAGGUACUCUGCUGUGAUGAUGUCAUGCCUAAACAAUGCAGUGAAAAUCUAGUAUACAAGUUCAGAUACUGGUAUUUCUAGACAUGGCUUAGUCCUGAAAGAAUUUCCUUGCUAUGCAUUUUAAAGUGUUUGUAGAUGGAUUAAUAUAUUUUUAUGCAAUGUAUUUUACACUUAUUUCUAGACCAAACUCUUCAGUGGCUUCUUCAAGUGCAUUAUUGGGUGGAUAAUAGCUUGCUGGCUUCGCUAACGUGAGGAGCGUGGAGCCAAGAUUCUGGGAAGCGCGCGCGCAUGUGUCCCUACUGUACUUGCAAACCUAAAACUCUUCCAAAGCUUUGUACUUUUUUUUUUUCAUGAAACAGAUUAAAUAUUUUUCUCUCCAAA